GGAUCUUCCUUGUGCAUGCUGGGCUGUCUUGGAAAAGCUUUAAACCACAAUGAAUGCCUUGCUUUUGGAAGCUCUUUGUAAACAGUCCGAGCUGUUAAACCUAAGUCAUCGUGAACUUAAAGUAUUGCCACCCUCUGUUUCUCAACUGACACAAUUAAAAAAGCUCUUUCUAAAUGACAAUAAACUCCUUUUGCCACCAACUGAGGUUCUGACUUUGAAGAAACUAGAGGAAUUGGUUCUUGAUCAAAACCAGCUGACUCUGUUACCCAGUGGCAUUGGAUCUCUCUGUUAUCUAACCUACCUGAGCCUUAGCCAUAAUCCAGUCUCUAUACUCCCAGAAGAGAUUGGGGAGUUGAGUGAACUUCGAGAACUAUGGGCUGUGGGCUGUAACCUGAUCUCCUUACCCUCUUCUCUCUGGAAACUGAGACAACUCCAGAAAAUAGGAGCACGCAAUAACCACAUUGCCACGCUGCCCACUGAGUUUGUGCAGCUAAAAGCUCUCCAAUGGUUAAACCUAGCCAACAAUGAACUGAGUGAUCUUCCAAAGAAUUUCAUGAACCUUGAAGCUUUGGCAUACUUGAACUUGGAUGGAAACAAAUUUGAACAAGUUCCGGAAUCUCUGUCAGACAUGCCAAGUCUUCUUGUCAUUUAUAUGAAGUGCAACUACAUUAGAUCACUGCCAGAUGACAGGAUCCUUGGAUUAACAAGUUUGACUAAAUUAGAUCUCCGAGAAAACCCACUCACAAGAAGACCUAGUCAUUGGAAGGGUUUGGACUUCAUAUUACUGGGAAAAGCAAAUGAAACGGUAUUAUCAAGUCUUGAAGAUACUAAUGAGGAAGAAGUUAUAUUAGGAUGACCAAUACAGUCUGAUAAAAUGGCAAAUAUAAGAAUGCAGUUGCAUUAGCAAGGACCGACCCGAUCUUAUUUGUAUCACAAAUACAGACUGACCCACCCAGAUGUGUCGAGUGUUAAAGGUUUCUGCGACUUGGACCUCUGCAUUAUCUCUGUUACUUUUCUGCAGGAUUAGUCAGUCCACUAAUGCUAUUUCAUUAAUCUGUUUCUGAAUAUUUAUUUUCCAAUACUGUUAUACUGAGUCCGUUUUUAAACUGAACAUGUACAUAUAUAUUUUGUUAUGUAUUUGUGGUGAGAAACUGAAUUAAAUGUGUUUGUCCAGGGCAUUAUGGCUAUAUUUUUCAUCUGUACAAUAGAAGCAGUUGAGUACAUUUAAACUAAAACACCUUGCCUACUUGCGAGCCAAAAAGGGCCAUACAAUAUUGGUUUCAAAUGUAUAAACAUUUAAAAAAUACAAAUAAAAACACAUAGAUGAUAUAGUUAAGGGAACUUUAAGAAAUAAGC